CGGACAAGUAAACAACGAAGUAAUGUGGAGUCUAUCUUCAGAAAAGUAGUUCCGUUGAUAUCGACAAACAAAUCCCAUAUUGAUAUUACCUAUCAAACAGCCCACUUUUUAAAUUCUCGCCGAGGCAGGUUGAUUGGCGCGCUUGUUUCCCAUUUGUUGUGCUGUUCGUCUUUCGUCGUCAGUCGUCUGUGCCGUGUCGUGCUUUUCGCCAGCGCUGAAACCGAAACCAGCUGGCAAAUACACAUACAUAUUUAUUUAUUAGCUCGCGGGUGCUGCAAUAUCGCCGCCAAAGAGGUCUCCCGCGCCGAGCCAACAUCAUCGAUAUUAUAAAUACAUAUUUAUUCCGGCCAGCGACGCGAAAUUUGCGGCAUUUUAGUGUGUUAAAUCAGAUAUUGAGUGUUGUCACAGCAAAACUUAAACGACAAAAUCAGCAGAACCAGAAACAGAAACGAAGUCCCAUAAAACAUAAAACGAAAAAAUAUAUAUAUUUUGUAUAAUUAAAAUUCAGAACGAGACGCGAAACACAAGGCAACACACGAGGCGAGAGAAAAGAGAGAGAGAGAGAAGGGAGAGAGACGAACCAUCAAGCAAAACAAAAGCAGAAGUGAACGCUGAUUCUUACCCCGAAAUAUUCCAUUUUCUCGAUCUUCUUCUGCGACCAACCAUCCCAUCUGACUCUUACUGUAUAUUUACCUGAGUCUGUGCCCUUGCAGCCGGCAGGCAAUUGGUAACGUAACUCGCUCUCCCGCUCUCACCGGGCAAAACAAAACAAAACAAGGAAAAGGAAAAGGAAGAGUAAGAAGUAGAAGGAGAAGCAAAUAUGGCAAUGCAACGAGAAGUGGGCGUACAGGACUUUGUCCUACUGGAUCAUGUGUCCAUGGAGAAGUUCAUGGACAACUUGCGUAAGCGAUUCCAGGUUGGUUCCAUCUACACAUACAUCGGGGAGGUGUGUGUCUCGAUGAAUCCCUACAGACAGAUGAACAUCUACGGCCCGGAAACCAUUCGCAAGUACAAGGGCCGCGAGCUGUUCGAGAAUGCUCCCCAUGUGUUCGCCAUCGCGGACGCCGCCUACAGGGUGCUCAAGCAGCGCCACCAGGACACCUGCAUACUGAUCUCCGGCGAGUCGGGUGCGGGCAAGACAGAGGCCUCGAAGAUCAUCAUGAAGUACAUAGCGGCGGUGACCAAUACCCAGGGACAGAAUGAAAUCGAAAGGGUAAAGAACGUGCUCAUCCAGAGCAAUUCGAUAUUGGAGACCUUCGGCAAUGCGAAGACGAACCGCAACGACAACUCGAGUCGAUUUGGCAAAUAUAUGGACAUUGAGUUCGACUGCAAGGCGGAUCCGGUGGGUGGCAUCAUCACCAACUACCUGCUGGAGAAGUCGCGUGUGGUGCAGCAACAGCCCGGCGAGCGGAACUUCCACAGUUUCUAUCAGCUUUUGCGUGGAGCCAACGACAUUGAGCUGCGUCAAUACGAGCUGCAGAAGGAGACCGGCAAAUAUCACUAUUUGAACCAAGGCAGCAUGGAUAUACUGACGGAGAAGUCCGACUACAAGGGCACCUGCAAUGCCUUCAAGACCCUGGGCUUCUCAGCGGAUGAGGUGCACACCAUCUGGCGCACAGUGGCCGCAGUUCUGCACUUGGGAAAUGUGGAAUUCCAAACCAUUGAGGAUGAGCUGGUGAUCAGCAACAAGCAGCAUCUGCAGUCCACGGCCAAGCUGCUCCAGGUCACCGAAUCGGAGCUGUCGACUGCGUUGACCAAGCGCGUCAUUGCCGCUGGUGGGAAUGUCAUGCAGAAGGAUCACAAUGCCACACAGGCAGAGUACGGCAAGGAUGCUUUGGCCAAGGCCAUCUAUGAUCGCCUCUUCACCUGGAUCAUUUCGCGCAUCAAUCGGGCGAUUCUCUUCCGCGGCAGCAAGACCCAGGCGCGGCACAACUCUGUCAUUGGCGUCCUGGAUAUCUAUGGCUUUGAGAUCUUCGACUCGAACAGUUUCGAGCAGUUCUGCAUUAACUACUGCAACGAGAAGCUGCAGCAGCUGUUCAUUGAACUGGUGCUGAAGCAGGAGCAGGAGGAGUACCAGCGCGAGGGCAUCGAGUGGACAAACAUUGACUACUUCAACAACAAGAUCAUUUGCGAUCUGGUCGAGCAACCGCACAAGGGCAUUAUAGCCAUCAUGGACGAGGCCUGUCUGAGCGUGGGCAAUGUGACCGACGACACCCUGCUGGGGGCCAUGGACAAGAACCUGAGCAAGCAUCCGCACUACACCAGCCGACAGCUGAAGCCCACGGACAAGGAGCUGAAGCAUCGCGAGGACUUCCGCAUCACCCAUUACGCGGGUGAUGUGAUCUACAACAUCAAUGGAUUCAUCGAAAAGAACAAGGACACAUUGUACCAGGACUUCAAGCGUCUGCUGCACAACUCCAAGGACUCGAACCUCAGCGAGAUGUGGCCCGAGGGAGCGCAGGACAUCAAGAAGACCACAAAGCGACCCCUCACCGCGGGAACACUCUUCCAGCGAUCCAUGGCCGAUCUGGUGGUUACCUUGCUAAGGAAGGAACCCUUCUAUGUCCGCUGCGUCAAGCCAAAUGACAUUAAGAGCUCGACAGUCUUCGACGAGGAGCGAAUCCAGCAUCAAGUGCGCUACUUGGGUCUCCUCGAGAACGUUCGCGUGCGUCGCGCCGGCUUUGUGCAUCGCCAGCGCUACGAUAAGUUCCUGCUGCGCUAUAAGAUGAUCUCCCAGUACACGUGGCCCAAUUUCAGGGCCGGUAGCGACCGUGAUGGCGUUCGAGUUCUGAUCGAGGAGAAGGGCUUCGCCCAGGACGUCAAAUACGGCCACACCAAGAUCUUCAUACGCUCGCCCAAGACGCUCUUUGCCCUGGAACAGCAGAGGAACGAUAUGAUACCGCACAUUGUGACGCUGCUGCAGAAGCAGGUGCGUGGCUGGAUUGCCAGGCGGAACUACAAGAAGAUGAAGGCAGCCAUGGCCAUAAUGAGGGCCUACAAGACCUACAAGCUGCGCAGCUACGUCCAGGAGCUGGCCAAUCGCUUCCGCAACGCCAAGCAGAUGCGGGACUAUGGCAAGAGCGUUCAAUGGCCCCAUCCGCCAUUAGCCGGCCGCAAGGCGGAAUCAAAACUGCAUCGUAUCUUCGAUUUCUGGCGUGCGUACAUGAUCCUACGCAAGUAUCCCCGCAGUGAAUGGCCCCAGCUGCGGCUGCAGAUCGUCGCCGCCACCGCCUUGGCGGGCAGACGACCCUACUGGGGCCAGCAGCGGAGAUGGCUGGGCGACUAUCUGUCCAACUCGCAGGACAACAGCGGCUACGAUUCGUACACCACCAAUGUGCGCAACAUGAAGAACCACGGCGGAGGCGACUCCUUCCGCCAAGUGCUCUUCUCCGGCUUUGUGAAGAAGUUCAACCGACACAACAAGCAGGCGGACCGUGCCUUCAUCGUCACGGACUCCAACAUUCACAAGCUGGAUGGCAUUAAAAAGAAGUUCCGUGAUCUCCAACGCUCCAUCGCUAUCCGUGAAUUGACGUCGAUCAGUGUUACGCCUGGACGGGACCAGCUCAUCGUCUUCCACUCACCAAAGAACAACGAUUUGGUCUUUUCCCUCCAGGGCGAGACUUCAACUCUGAAGGAAGACCGUAUUGGUGAGCUGGUGGGCAUAGUUUGCAAGAAGUAUCAUGACUUAACUGGCACGGAACUCCGCGUGAAUGUCAGCAGUAAUAUUGCCUGCCGCCUGGGCGACAAGCCACGCAACAUUGUAGUCGAGGGAGUGGCCCAUGUGGAGAACCCAAAUUUCCGUCAUUCCGCUGGCAGUAUCAUCUUCGAGGUUCCCUCAUCGUACUGCGUCUGAAUGGAAAGCGAGAAAGAUGACUCCAUCCUUAUUGUACAUUUGCAACACACCUAAUCUUAAUCUACUUAAUGCCUCCUCCUAAAGACCUUUUCCACUAACCCUCAUCACUCUGUGUAUAACUUGUGCCUUCUGCUAACCCCCAAUUGUAGUUGUAAAAACGUUUCGUCGUGUAUCCGUCUUUGUUUUGAAGAUGCAUGUAAUUUUGUACAUUUUUCUAUUACGUAUGUUUUAAGGAGAUAUUUAUUUACCACAAUCAAUGUGAGAGAUCGGUCCACCUGCCUGUUGAGCUGGCAGACAACAAAUUAAAUGUAUUAAAUGUA